CACCACCACACCACCGCCGCCGGUGCCCCCCGCCGCAAGGUCUCCAUGGGCGACAAGCUCUCCGGCGCCAUGAUGAAGCUCCGUGGCAGCGUCACCCGCCGCCCGGGUCUCAAGGCCGCCGGCACCCGUCGCAUGAACGGCACUGACGGCCUCGGCUCUCACCGC